AUGCAGGUGGAGUUGAAGCAUCUCCGGAGUUUGACAGUAGACGCGUCAGACCUCAGUAAGGACCACGAACUACAAACCGCGCCUCUCAUUACAAGAGAAGCGUAUAUCACUGCUGGAUACAAGAAACAUUCCACACAAUAUGGAGUGAUGGGCCAAGUAUUGUCAAUAUAUUCUAAAUCAAGUGCCUACGUCCCUGUAGAUCCUAGACUCUAUGUCAACACGAAUACGCCAUUCACCGCUGUAGUGUGCGGAGUACAAGGCUCGGGAAAAUCACAUACAGUUUCGGUCCUCCUCGAAAACAUGCUCAUUCCAAAACUCCAGGAAAUAGGUUCCCUGCAGCAGUCUCUAGCAGGACUCGUCCUCCACUUUGGGGAAGGUGGUGUCGGUUCUCUUCCGAGCGAGGCUGCAUGGGUCGGUGUUCCGUCAACGGAGGGUGUAAGAACGCCGAAAGUGCGAGUCUUCGUGUCGAAGUCUUCUCUCAAUACUAUGAAGAGCGUUUACGCCCCUCUCGGAAAGAAUGUUGAAGUGGUUCCCUUAUUAUUCAAUGAAACAGAGUUAGAUGCACAAGCUUUUCUAUCUAUGAUGGCUGUCGGGUCGUCAGAUUCCGCGCCACUCUACAUCCAGAUCGUUUUGAGCAUUCUCCGAGAUUUGGGAGAGUCAUUCUCAUACAAACGAUUCAUGGACCGACUUGACGAAGAGAAAAAAUCGUUCAACCCUGCGCAGGUUGCCGGUCUUGAGCAGCGUUUAGCCCUCCUGAAUUCGUUCAUGGUGUCCAAUGGUCCACAGCCAACCACUUUUGGUUCAAAGACGUACGCCAAUAUCAGUGGACCCAGAUCAAAUGCUCUUGCUCCCAAAUCGACCCCGCGUCGUUUCGCUGCGGGACAGUUGACCAUUGUUGAUUUAUCGGAUCCAUUCAUUGACACAGGCUCUGCGUGCGGUUUGUUCGAGAUCGUCACGAGGCUAUUCGUGAGGGCUGAGGUUCAAACUGGAAAAGUGCUUGUUGUCGAUGAGGCCCACAAGUACUUGUCCACAAACAGAGGUGUUUCAGGGCUAACCAAGGCCAUUCUGACCCUCACGAGAGAGCAGAGGCAUUUAGGGAUGCGUGUCAUCAUUUCUACCCAAGAGCCAACUGUGGUGCCACCUGUCUUGUUAGACUUGUGUACUGUCGCUAUUAUGCAUCGAUUUUCUUCUCCGGCAUGGUGGGACCACCUCGCACGGCACAUCUCUGCUGACGUGUCUGUAGAUGCAGCAUUUGACACGGUUGUUAAGCUCCAGACUGGUGAGGCGAUUGUUCUUGCGCCAUCGGGGCUUGGCGUGUUCCCCCAGUAUGAAGAUAUUCCCGGUCCUGAAGGUGAUACCCCAACUGUCUUGAAGAUGAGCCAAUUUGGAAGACGUUACAUUAUCAUGAAGACACGUGCUCGUGUCACGAAAGACGGAGGGACUUCGGUUCUUGUUGUUCCUCGUCAAGAAGAAAGCGAGGACUCCGAAGAGUCAGAGAGCGAAGAGGAAGCAUCUGAACCCGAGCAAUCCGAGGAUGAGGAAUCUGAGGACGAGGAAUCUGAAUAA